AUGCGGAACUACCUUUGGGCUUUGCUUGGUUUGGCCGCCGUGCCCCAGGCUUUAGCUGCUGAUACUCUUUCCACCAGCGGGUUCAACCUGUGCAUGACCGACUCAGCAAUCAACGUCCAAAAGAUGGAUGUUACCUACACACGCUCCUCUGGGGUGGUUGUCUUUGACGUGGCUGGUACCAACGCGAAGCAACAAAAGGUCACAGCGGCCAUUACAGUGACUGCCUACGGAAGAGAACUAUACAAGAAGGAAUUCGAUCCCUGCGGCGACGAGAUCCACGUGGAUCAGCUUUGCCCUGUCCCCAAGGGCACAUUCAAGGCCAGUGGCUCCAUGGAAAUCCCUUCGGAAUAUGCCAGCCAGAUACCCGCUAUCGCGUUCAACAUGCCCGAUCUCGAUGGUCAGGCAAAGCUCGUCCUCAAGUCCAAGGGAGACAGUGCAUCCAACGUCGCUUGCAUUCAAUCCGAACUGUCCAAUGGCCAUUCCACCAAUGUUAAGGCUGUCACCUAUGUCUCCGCGGGCAUUGCAGCAGGCGCUCUGGCACUUACCGGUGUCUCUGCCGCCGGCGCAGCCGGGGGUGUUGGCGCGCCAUCGCAUAGCCCUGGUUUCGGCGAUGUAAUGGGCUGGUUCCAUUCCAUGGCUACCAACGGUAUGCUGAGUGUCGCCUAUCCAAGCGUCUACAGCAGUUUCUCUAAGAACUUCAUGUGGAGUACCGGUAUGAUUCCCUGGCCUGGUCUACUGAACUCCAUUGACAGCUUCCGGAGCUCUACCGGUGGCAACACGACUACUGAAAGCUAUGCUUUCUUGAAGAACGCUUCUUUGUCCGCCAGUGCCUCGUCUUCCAACACCACUAAGCGAAGUUGGGACUACUCGAUCGAAUUUGGCGAGCUUGUUGCUCGCUCGAUCGAUGCAUCUGCCGAUUCGGAUGUUUCAAACAGCACUUCAAGCAGCGACGAUGAGAGCGGGAGCACAAGCAACGUGGACAAGAUCAAGCAGAUCUCCCAGGAGCUCAUGGUCCCAUCUGCCGAUAUCUUCAUGACUGUUCUUUUAAUCUUCGCCAUUGUAAUUGCUGUGGUCGUCGUCGGAAUUCUUCUUGUCAAGGUUGUCCUUGAACUUUGGGCGCUAUACGGACGAUUCCCACAGAAGCUGACCGACUUCCGAAAAGACUACUGGGGUAUCAUGGCACGAACAAUCACCAACAUGAUCUUGGUUCUUUACAGCAUUUGGGUCCUUUACUGUGUCUACCAACUCCGCAAAGGUGACUCUUGGGCCGCCAAGACAUUGGCUGCGAUUACUCUGGCUUUGUUCACGGCGCUGCUUCUGUUCUUUGCUAUCCGUAUCGUCUACAUGGCUCGCAAGUAUAAGAGAGCCGAAGGAGAUUCCUCGGGUCUGUACGAGAACAAGGAAACCUGGAAGAAGUACAGCUUGUUCUAUGACAACUACAAGAAGGAUUUCUGGUGGAUUUUCAUCCCUGUCAUUGUGUACGCGCUGGUCAAGGGAUGCAUCAUCGCUGGUGGUGAGGGCCAUGGCCUCUUCCAGAGUGCAGGCCAGCUUGCCUGCGAGGUCCUUCUCCUGGGACUCCUAGUGUGGAGUCGCCCAUAUGCCACCAAGGCCUCCAUGGGUAUCAACAUUGCUGUCCAGGUCGUUCGCGUUCUGUCCAUUGCCUGCGUUCUGGUCUUUGUUGAGGAGCUUGGCAUGUCCCAAACCACCAAGACGGUCACAGGAAUUGUCCUCAUUGUUGUUCAGUCCACCCUCACUGCUGUUCUCGCUAUUCUCAUCACCGUCAACGCCAUCAUUUCGUGCUGUCGCGAGAAUCCCCAUGCCAGACGCAGAAGGGAAGCCGAAAAAGCAAACCGCGACAUCGACGAUUUGACUCCCUUGGACGCUCGGGACUCCCUUCUCAUGGAGCACCCCCAGCGCAAGGAAUACACCGAGAUGAGCCAUUUCAACUUCACCGGUCCCUACGAGCCCUACCGCGACCAACCCCACCGACCAGGGUCUCAUGGCAGCACCGAGCACCAGCGGCUAGUUGGCAAUGACUAUGGUGUGGCGCACGGUCGCAGCACCAGUCCGGACAGCCGAAGCUCUAUUGAAGGCCGCCAUCCCACGAAAGCCGGGUAUGGAAUGGCAUAUUAA